GUGAGCGUUGGGAAGUUUUGCAGAGCGAAAUGAUGGCGUCCUCGGCAGUUCGUUCCUCCUCACGUUGGCUCUGUCUUGCGGUGUCCUCGGGCCAUCGGCUGGCCUUGUCUGUUCCCAAUUGUCACCUCAGUAAAGCCGGUCGGAUUGUGCCAAACGUGGGAGCACGGCAGAUAUGGACACGAUGUCCCUUUGUGCGCGUGGGAGCCUCCAAAGGGUUGACAUUGACGGGGGCGUCAGGAGUGCCCUCCCCUCAUGUCAUCUGCACAUCGUCCUUCCACACAACUGCUUGGAAGGGUAAGCAGGAUUUCUACCAGAUUCUCGGCGUGCCUCGCACUGCUAACCAGAAAGAAAUCAAGAAGGCUUACUACCAGAUGGCGAAGAAGUACCACCCUGACACAAACAAAGAUGAUCCUCAAGCUAAGGAGAAGUUUGCACAGCUUGCUGAGGCAUAUGAGGUCCUGAGUGACGAGGGCAAGAGGAAGCAGUAUGACACCUACGGGGCUGCCGGGUUCGACGCCAGCCAGGCGGGAGGGGGACAGCAGCAGUACUGGAGGGGGGGUGGCGGCACCACCAUGGACCCUGAGGAGCUCUUCAGGAAGAUCUUCGGGGAGUUCUCCGGGGGAGCGCGAGGGUUUGGGGACAUCUUUGGGGACAACAACAUCUUCGACCGGCCACAAGAGUAUGUGAUGGAGCUAACGUUCACCCAGGCUGCCAAGGGCGUGAACAAGGAGAUCAACGUGGCCAUAGACGCCUCCUGUCAGCGCUGUGACGGCAAGGGCAGUGAGCCGGGCAGCCAGGCGCAGCACUGCCACAACUGCGGAGGCUCUGGCAUGGAAACGGUGAACACGGGGCCGUUUGUGAUGCGCUCCACGUGCCGGCGCUGUGGGGGGCGGGGAACCGUCAUCUCCGACCCCUGCCGGUCGUGCCAGGGGACCGGCCAGACCAAACAGAAACGCACCGUCAUGGUGCCUGUACCCGCAGGCAUUGAAGAUGGGCAGACAGUUCGGAUGCCAGUUGGAAAGAAGGAGAUCUUUAUCACAUUCAGGGUCCAGAAGAGUCCUGUGUUCCGGCGUGACGGGGCGGACAUCCACUCUGACGUCCUGAUCACUGUGGCCCAGGCCAUCCUGGGGGGCACCGUGCGCGCACAGGGCCUCUACGAGACACUCAACCUAUCCAUCCCUGCAGGCAUUCAGGCUGACCAGCGCAUUCGCCUCUCUGGCAAAGGUAUCCCCCGCGUCAGCGGAUACGGCUACGGAGAUCACUAUGUUCACAUCAAGAUGAAAAUUCCCAAGAUACUUACGGACAGACAGAGAUCCCUAAUUAUGAGCUAUGCUGAGGACGAGUCGGACAUAGACGGCACAGUCAACGGUGUCACAAACACCACAACAGGCAAAAGGUCGACUGGUAACUGAGGACUGCCAAAUGAAGGAGUGGAAAACAUCACAUGGACAAAAAUAAAUAAAUAAAUAGGUCUGGCAUGUCACAAGGAGAAUCUCAAAUCUGACCAGAAGUUACACACUGUACUUGCUGCGAAGGAAUGCUCCAAGAUCCCCCUGGAAUCCCUUACCUUGUGAGAUGAAGCAUUCUGUCAUAACCUCUGUCAUGCCAACGUUUUAACAUCUAAGGCUCAUCCAACGAAUCUUAUGGACAACAUUAAUAUUCCAGAAAAAUACAAUCUCUUAGCCUGGAAAACCUUGUGUGGAAGAACAAAAGAAACUAUUUUUAAAGGACUGUAGUAGGCACACUCAAGCAGAUUUCAACAGAUGCUUCAAAAGAGCAAUAUGUAAAUCAAGGAGAAUAAGCAGCACUUAAAAAGAGAUGUGCCUCAAGUUCGCUGUACGGAAGAGAACGUGCUGACUGAUACCUGUUGGCUAUGCAAAUGUGUUUAAGAACAUCAAAACACUUUGAGACGGUUGUGAAAACGUGAGAGAGGAAACGUCCACAAAUCUACAGUCCAACUCAAACUAGUACCUCUUGUCCUCUUCUUUUGCAUGAGCCCUCUUGCCCCGGUGUCACCUCGCCAAGAUGGAGAAAACGAUAGCAGUCAGCCUACACAUUGCAACUUUUGAGGGGGCUUUCCCCCCAUUCAACAUCUCAAUUGCAAAUGAGAAAAUGACCUUUGAAUAGUGCUUUUGCAAGAUAUUGAAUAAAAUUGGUCAUCAAUUAUGUCUUGAGCUCAAGGCAAAAGGAGCGGACCGGAGGUACUAGUUUGAAAUGGAGCGUCAAUUGUCAGUUAUCUUACAUGCAGGUGAAUGUCUCUUAUCCCAAUGAUCUACCCUACCAUGCAACCUCUGUAUAUAUAUAUUAAUAAAAUGUUGAAAUAAAAAAUGCUUUUGGUCUGAUAUUAUACAUUAUAUGGAAUACCAAUACCAUUUCAAAUCCCUAAACUGUCAAAAUCAGUGUCUUCCCAGCACAUGAACAGGAUCUGUAACACUCAUGAAAAUAAAAGAAAGAAAGCCAGCAGAGAAAGGAUACUCAACACGCAACAGUUUAUUUCACAAGGAGUUAUCUGUUAGCAACCAUUAAAACUGGCAUAUAAGAGUUAGGCUCUCGCGUGAAAUAUUGGGCUGACGCCGGUGCAACUUGAAUGGACCAGGAGAUUCUUAACUGUUAUACUGUAGCUUCAACUUCUCCUUAAGCAGGCACAAAUUACAGUCGGAUAUAUUUUGCUGCAAUCUGACAUGUAAUUCUAUGACAAAAACAAAAUUAUAUACUAAAAGCCACGGGGGGAAUGUGACUGAAUGUGGUAAUUGGUAACCGUUUGGGGAUGAAGGACAUCUCAGAAGCUGUGGCUAUCAUGGUUCUUGUAAUACAAACAUUCAUCUAAGUCAUGAUAAACUGUAAUGUUUUUUAGAUUGGUUGCUUUCUCCCUUACUCCCAUCUGCUGCUCCUGGUGUCAAGUUCUUUUAACUGCAUUCAAAUAAGCAAAACACAAAACUAAGUAAAUAUUAAAAAAGCGGUGAACCAAUGAUGACGAAUGCCUUGAUGUGGCUCACUCUUCCACUUGUGCUAGUCUUUAGAAACAAGAAUGGUAUCCAAAUCCAAAUGGUAUCCAAAGCCAAAUAUACAGAUACCAAUUAUUACAAAUACAACAUUUAAAGCACUUUUGAAAACCCAUUGUAUUCAUUUCACCAGAGCUAUUGCAUAGGCCGAAGCCCCACACACUAAAUACCAAUUGGUGUUAUGAGGCCUAUGGGAAAUACCCAGACACCCCUGGGUAAUACUCCUAGGUGCAUGUCAUACACAUCGGUGCAGAAUAAAGACAUACACUAGCUGUCUCUGUCUGUGGUGCGCACCACCGCUGUACCACAGAAAACAUCUUCAUUCAUAAUCUUUGGCCGGAGUUGCAGACUUAACAAAUCACAACACAAAUGGCUAAUCUGGAUUGAAGGGGAGAAAAAAGAAACCUGGAACAACAGUAACGUAAUAAAAACCUGAUAAUGAAACCACUCCAUGUGGUUGAGAUGAACGGUUUAAGUACAUUAAAGUCUGUGACUGUGCACAACAGAAAAAACGCAGUAGGCUCCAAUCUACACUGGGCAGCUUCCAGCAUUAUGCAUCAAAAUAACUGCAGAAAAGGGAGGCAGAAUCGUUUCUGACAGAUGUAUUGUUGAUAAUGUUGUGGUGUGUAGUGGAGAGAAUUCAUUGUCUAAUACUGCAAAGGCAGGUUCCUCUACCCAUCAUGACUGGCUGCAUGGUAGGCUUCUGGUUGCAUAUGCACCACUUGAAGUCAUACAAUGAGACAUCUCUAUUUUGAAGUGCUUAAAAUGGCAAGCAAUGCAGAAUUUGUUGUAUUACCCUUGUAUGAAGCAUCAUCAUUAGACCAAUGGUUAAAAAAACUAAACAAGUUAUUUAACUUAAGGAACACUACUAUUGCCUCAGUUAUUCUAAAAAAUACUUUUGUUAUAAAUGGCCACCACUACACUUUAACCCAAAUAGACUUUCUGGUCAGGGAACGGAGAACACCAAUCCAGGAAACCCAGAGAGGGGGUGGAUUUAAAUAUUUCAUCUUUCAUUUCAAAGAUGUGAUCAGUUGUAUUUUUACACGAGUACACGUUAACAAGAUUUCUGAGGGGAAAAAAAAAAAACUUCUGCCCUGGCCUUUCCCUUCAACAACAGCCAGUGGUCAUCAGCAUACUUCUUACAUCUCACUUCACUGCAAAUACCAUGCUACGCACAGAUCACGGAGUGUUACCCUCAUCCUAUUCUAAAUCCAUUUACCCCUGCAUUUUUUUUUGGAAUUCAAGUAUCCCUUUAACCCAUCCAUGGGGUUCAGCAUAAUGUUUCUCCUGCGAGCCAUUUUAACCCUCCAUUCACACCUGACCAGCUGGACUAGUGUCAGAAGGAGCAGCUAGAACGGGGGGCUCAAACGCAUGGCCAUUUUUGAUGAUGUCAGCGGACUGGACGGUAACACAGUCUGUUAAUACGAGUGGAGAGAGUUCACAGGACGGCGCUCAUGUUGGGGAUGGGAGAUUAUGAGGAAGAGGAGGGUGCAACAUGGGGUGGAAGAGAGAGGAUGACAUCGUCCACAUACAGGGGAACAGGAGGAGAAUGAGGACGUCGUCCAGAUACGGGAGGUGUUUAGUUACAUUAGCAGAGCUGCCUGGCCCUUCUCUUCCAACACUCCCUCCCUCCUUUCCUUCCUCA